UCAACGCAUUGAAGGCGAUGAUUGUAAAAUAAAAAAAACGUCAGUGGGACGUCAGCCCUCCCCUUCCAGCUGACCGCACAACUUGUGACAAUUCAUCGUGUUUUUAUUUUAAGCCGAAUGGAGAGCUUAUUUGUUUCGUGUAGUUUCUUGACAACGACGAUGCUUCGGUUUUAAUGUGUAAUCUUCGUUGCAUUCGGGGUAAGUACAGUAAAUAAUAAAAACCCGCACAAAGAAAACUUCCGGGCCCAUCCCUGCCGCGGUCUUCUCGGCGAGUGCGAUGCUCACGGAGGAUACCAAACAGGCGGCGACGGUAGGCGGGAUCGGCAAAGCGGAGAUGGAGAGGACGGAUCGCGAGGCGAUGGAGACGGCGGUGCAGCGCGUCGCCAGCAUGCUGCAGCGGCCCGACCAGCUGGACAAGGCGGAGCAGUACCGGCGGAGAGAGGCACGCAAGAAGGCGUCCGUGGAGGCCCGCCUCAAGGCGGCGAUCCAGUCGCAGCUGGAUGGUGUGCGCACGGGGCUGUCGCAGCUGCACACGGCGCUGAGCGACUCGUGCGAGGUGCGUGGGUCGCUUGCCGACGUCGGCCGCGACUGGCAGAGCAGCAUCGCCGCCAUCGAGGGCCUGCGCGACGUCAAGGACGCCGUGGUGCAGCACAGCCAGCUGGCGGCCGCGGUCGAGAACCUCAAGAACAUCUUCUCGGUGCCGGAGAUCGUGCGCAACACGCACUCGCUGAUCGAGCAGGGCCAGCUGCUGGAGGCACACACGGCGCUGAUGGAGCUGGAGAGCUCGCGCGACGAACUCCUCUACGAGCAGUACCGCAUGGACCCGCGCAACACGGCCGACAUGAGCCUCAUCAAGGCCUACUUCUCCGCCACCAGCGAGCUGUCGCACGCCCUCGCCAAGCAGCUUUGGCUCGUGCUGGAGAGGGCGCUGUCCACCGUACGCAGAGACCCCUCCUUGCUGGUGUCGGUGCUGCGCAUCAUCGAGCGCGAAGAGAAGCUGGAUCAGCGCGCCCUCGACAGGGAGAAGCAGUCCAGCUUCCUGCCUCCGGGACGGCCCAAGGCGUGGAGGAAGAAGUGCAUGGACGUGAUGGAGAGCACGGCGCGCACGCGCAUCGAGGCCAACCAGCCGGACGAGCGCGGCUCUGACCGCAUGUGGCUGGUGCGCCACCUGGAGAUCUCGCGGCAGUACGUGCUGGAGGACCUGACCGUGGCACGCCACAUGCUCGCCUGCUGCUUUCCGCCCAGCUACGAGGUGUUCAACUUGUACCUGAGGCUGUACCACAGCGCGCUGUCCACACACCUACAAGAGAUGGUGUCGGACGAGCUGGAGGGGAACGAAAUCGUGUCUCUCCUCACCUGGGUGCUCAACACCUAUCCCAGUGAGGAGCUCAUGGCUCACCCUGACCUGGCUGAGGACGUGGACUUGAAGGCCCUCGGUCCCUUGCUCUCCAACGACAUAAUCAACCAGCUGCUGAGCAAGUACAUCACCACCAUGAAGUCGAACAUCGUUGGGUGGCUCAGGAAGGCAUUGGAGACCGACUCGAAAGACUGGUCCAAGGAACAGGAGCCCGAGGCCGACCACGACGGGUUCUUCCAGACGACGCUGCCCUCCAUCGUUUUCCAGAUGAUGGAGCAGAACUUGCAGGUGGCCACGCAGAUCAACGAGGACCUCAAAAUCAAGGUCCUGCAGCUGUGCCUCCAGGAAAUGAACACCUUCCUGCGACGGUACCGCGAUGCGAUUUUGGGGUACAGAGAAGAGCACCUGAAGGACAGGAACAAGCCUCCCUUCUUCGUGCACUACAUGAUCGCCCUCGUCAACAACUGCCAGACGUUCAAGGACUCGAUCGCGAGCCUCAAGCGCAAGUACACCAAGUACGACGACGACGACGACGAAGUGUCGGGGGGAGGCUCCUCCUCCUCCUCGUCGCCCGACAUGAGCCCCGAACUGGACCGCAUCGCACGCGAGGGCUGCCACCUGCUGCUCAAGGAGGUCUUCCUCGACCUGGAGCCUCACCUGCAGGAGCUGCUCACCCGCAAGUGGCUCACGGACUCCAACGCGAUGGACACCAUCUGCGUGACGGUGGACGACUACUUCAACGACUUCUCCAAGAUCAAGAGGCCGUACAACAAGGAGAUGACGACGCAGGCCCACCUGUGGGUGGUUAGCGAGUACGUGAAGGCGCUCAUGCAGAAGCGCGUCUCCUUCAAGAGCUACGAGGAGCGCAAGGAGGCGGCCGAGAGGAUGAGCCGCGAGGCGACGCAGAUCAAGCAGCUCUUCCUCAAACUCGGCUCUGAGGAGGGCGAGAAGCCCACGGAUGUCAUCCCGGCGCUGGCCGAGGUCCUCAAGCUCAAGGACUCGUCCUUGGUCUGCCUGGAGGUCACGGGUCUCGCCAACAACUUUCCCGACAUCCGGGAGGAGCACAUCUUGGUGCUGCUGGCGCUGCGCGGCGACGCGACGCGCGAGAUGAGACAGACGGUGGUGGAGACGCUGGCGCAGAGCUCCCGGCAGGUCCCCGUCGGGUACCGGCCGGUGUUCGCCGACAUCGCCGUGCCCACGUCCACGCUGCCCAAGCUCGUCAAGUAGCGGCGGACGCACGGUGUCCCGUCCCUCCCCCCCCCCCCCGACCGAAACUCCCGAUUCCGGCCGGUUCACGUGGAAGCGUUGUGCCGGGGUCCGUUGGUUUGCCUGGCCCCCCUCCUCACCUCACCGGCUUGUUUAGAGAACGACGAAAUCGCGGAGAGAGCAAGCGGCUGUCGUUUCGCUCUCCCUCCCUCUCCCUCCCUCUCUCCGUCUCGCUCGCCCUUCGCGAGAGAGCGGCGGACGCUUGUCGAGACGUUUGGACGCCCGCAACGAAACGCCAUUUAAGGCGCGAGGCCGAAGUGAGCCGGUGCCGAGCGUCUCGACCGCUCCGCCGAGAAGAAACCGGAUGCCGUUGAGCUCUCGCCUCCGUUGGAAAUUAAAAAGGAGAGAACGGCGACGCUUCCUCCUCCACCUCUCAAGUGCCGGCGGCAGUCGCUCCUCAAGGGGAGCGGUGGCGGUGGGGUGUGGGGGGAGGGGUCGGGGGUCGGUGGGGGUGUGUUGACCUCUUGUUAGGGUGACUUCCUGUUUACACGCACGCACGCCCCCCCACUCCUCGAACCCCCGCGCAAGCUAAACAGGGUUAGAGCGACAGCGCCGGUGAACCGCCACAGGAUAAACAAUAACAUCUCGGGCCUGACAGCAUCCUUCAGGGACGUCUUGACGAACGUUUUCCAGCGGCAUCAAUCUGUCGAAGAUGUCACAACCACCCUCCCCCCCCCCCCCCCCUCCGGUUGGGGUUUUGACUCUAGCCGAGUCCCAUCGGCACGGCGUGGCCCAAUAGACAAAGGCGUGUCGCUGGCUCGCCCCGACGGUAGUCGACGGCGUUCCACCGGACGCGGUCGGUCGAGGUGCGAGCGCCCACGCUUGACCCCCACCAGCACACGCCACCUGCCGAUCGACCCCGCCGUGGCCGCCCGGUGGGGCAGACGGAGGCCCGGUGGGAUUUGGGAAUCUUGGUCACCGUUUCAACUGGCGGGAGGGGGUGGGGGGGGGGUCAGGAGCCGGCAUCGAAAACUGACGACCUCUGGAUCGCGAGCGCAGGGCGCUAACCACGGCAGCUACCGCCCCCCUCUUGCCCAUCUUGGCUCGUGCGCCCCGCUCUGUUUACUACAGCAAUAAGGAUGACGACAUCGCGAGCAAACGGGUUUUGGGGGAAGCGUUUGCCGUGGCCGCGAGCGUAGUCGAUGUUUCGUGCCGACGCCGAGCUGCGGAGCCCUAGGCCCCUGUGCAGAGAAUCACACCGCGAGCCGCCCCCACCGCCUCGUCACGUGGGAACGAGGCAACUGCUAUGGCUUGCCCCCCCACCUCCCCCCCUCCCCGUCCCCCACGUAAGUGAAACGCCGCACGUGGCCUACGACCGAACACUUGCCUUUUCCAGGCUGCCUUCGAAUAUCAGUCUCGUGCGCUUUUCUUGCACGGACAAAAACAUUUCCUUCGCGAGGUUCCACUUUAAUUCGGGGCUGAACUUCGAGCCGGGUCUCUCCGGAUCGGCGAGUGGGAACGCAUCUACGACGCCCGGCACACCGCAUCCAGGAUAUACCCUCCACUCGAGUCACGUGCCUAUUUGCCGCCUGCCGGCGGUGAGAGGGUUCAAGUCCCUGGGGGGUACACAGGUGAUGCUUGCGGGCUGACCUCUCUGUGUUGAUUGCACCGCAAGUGGCUACUCUCUUUUGUAACGAGGCUUCCUUUGGCCGUGCGUGUCUCUUUCUCUCUGUCGUGAAACCUUCUCGCGCUGUUGCACACGCCGCAAUGCUUUUUUCACGCGGUGCUCAAGCAAUAAAGUUCUCCACG